AUGGCUACGGACGGACGUACGAAGCGCUCGCAGUCGAUAUGCGCUCCCGCCUCCGCGAGUAUGGAAGCCCUCGCGGCGCCCAUGGAGACCACGCCGGCGCCGCGGCGGCGGCCGGCCGCGCGCUCGCAGUCCGCGCGCAUCACGGGCGGCCGCUCCGUGCGCCACCGCCGCCAGCAGCAGCAGCAGCAGCUGGACCGCGAGACCAGGACGCGCUACAGCUCGGAGCCGCGCCUGGCCGAGGCCGAGACGCCGCCGCAGGUCCGGCGCCAGGCCUCGGCCCGCCGCCGCCCGCCGCCCGGCCAGCACGCGCAGCCGCGCCGUUCCAACGCCUUCCUGGACGUGCCCCGCACCACGCACCAGCCCGAGGAGGAGCCUGACGAGGACUCCUACCGGCUCCGUACCUUCAACAUCACGCAGAAAGGAGGCAUAGUAAACCGAGGCGACUCAUUCCGCCGGCGUCGCUCGCGGUCCGGGAGUCUGGCUCCGUCGUCGCCGGCCCAGUCAGCGCCUGAGUCACAGGAGCGGCGGCCGGUGGCGUGCCAUCGCGUUGCUAUGGUCGGCGCGCCAGGCGUUGGCAAGACUGCCUUAAUCAGCCAGUUUCAGACCAGCGAGUGUAUUAAUGCGUAUGAUAGGCAAAGAGAUGCGGACGGAUCAGAGCAGAAGGUUUCAAUAAUGCUUAAUGGAGAAGAAUCAGAAUUGUACUUCGUUAACUGCACUACGACGAAGGAGGAGAUUGAGCGCGCCGAGCCUCCUGACGCGUUCGUGGUCAUCUACUCGGUGGUGGACAAAGCCUCCUUCCAGAAGUCGGAGCAGGAGCUGGCGCGGCUGCUGGACUGCGACAUGCUGAGGGCGCGCCCGGCGCUGCUCGUGGGGAACAAGAUCGACCUGGCCAGGAGUCGAGCGGUCUCCACACAAGACGGAAAAUGCCUCGCGUGUACCUACAAAGCGAAGUUCAUAGAAGUAUCAGUCGGGAUCAACCAUAACGUCGACGAACUCCUAGUGGGGAUCCUGACUCAGAUCAGGCUAAAACGGCAGCAGUACUCCGCGGAAGGCGGCCGGGAAUCUUCCCCAGCCCACUGGUACAAAUCGCGAGGAGUAGUCCGAGCUAGUAUGAAAGCAAGACAGAUGUUCACCUGGAUUUUCGGAAAAGAAGACUCCAAGUUCAAAAACUGUGAGAAUUUGAACGUCCUGUGAGUGGAGAAUGACGGACCAGUGUUCGUCUAAUGACAUUGUACUUCUGAGUGCCAUGGACAGUGACAGUAUUGUGUGAGGUUAAGUAUUAGAUACGUAUUGUUUGUUUAUAAAUGUUAAAAUGAUGCUGCUGGUUGUGUUGGCUGGUGGAACAUAAAUAUUACCUGAAAAUGAGAAAGGGUGCAAUCGUGGAAGCGAGAGGUUGGAUGUUCCUUGUUUCGUCUAGUUUCCACAAUUGCAAUUACCUUAGACUCUGUUUAUGAGGUGGUGGUAGAUACCCUGGUUCGCUUUUGUUUAAAUAUUUCAAAGAAUAAUUUUUUUUUUUGGUUGCAUCAAAAACCAGUGAGAAACAUUAAAUUUUCAUGAAAAUAUACUUACGAAUUCCUUAUGUAAACUGACCUACAUAACGAAAGCCUCAUAUUCAAAGCCAUUUCGUCACACCAGAUGACAUAACCAGCAGUAUUGCCAACAAAAAAAAUAUUAUGCCAAAUGUAAAUUGGUAUACUAGUCGUUAUGUGCCAAUUUUGAGAGAAUUUAAUAAAAAUAGUUUAUUAAGUACGUUGUAAGCUAAAUAACACAUAAGUGAGACAUACAGUAUUUUCCAAAAUACUUAUAAAUAUAUCAUUAAAUUGACGUAUCAGCAAUAUUUAUAUAGUAAGUUGUGACGUAGGUACUGCUAAUGUUAUUGGACCAUUACAUACUUACAUUUAAAUAUAACGAAAAUAUUACAUGUAAUUUUAUAGGUUAUGAUAUAGUACCUAAAGAUACACCAAUAUAUACUUAUCAGUAUAAUUAAUCUAUGUAACUAUUAUUAUUAAUUGUUGGAUACGUAUUCCGUAAGUGGCCUGUCCCUUUAGCCAAGUGGCAUCUACAGUAGAAAAGAAAUGGAAAUGACAUUUAGUUUCGAUUAAUAACGUGACUUAGAACUGUCAUUUCCACACACUUGAGUUCUUUCUACUGACGUUGAAGACUGUAAAAAUGUCACUUAGUUAGCGGGACAUUUGUUCAUGAGGUAACACUAGUCCCUCCUGACAAUUUAUUUAAAGACUCGAGCCCCUGUGGAAACUCCAGCAGUUAUGUCUGUUAUGAAGUUGUAACUUCGUCUCCAAGUGGUUGAUCGGAGAAUAAAAAAAAAUAUAGACAUCUGUUACCUUGUGUACGAAACACCUAUGUUAUAUUAAGUAUGUGUAAGAUAAAUAAUGCUUGUUUUCGUAACUACCAUGGCAAUUUGGUUCGUGUAUUAAUUGGCCUGCAAUUUAAAAACAAUAAAGUUAUUAACCAACCUAUGACUAAAUAAAAAGCCCGACUUUGAAUUUGGCCGAAAAACAAAUGACGAAUUCUUUUCGCUUUCAGUUGAUAAAAAAAAAAUCUUGUUGUCCAAAGAAUCUUGAUGCAACCCUACCUAUAAUAACGCAAUAAUUAUGUAAUUAUACAUUUAUCAGAAUGUCCAAGAAAACAUAUUAAUGUUCCAAGCCCCUUAAAUGUACCUAUUUGUAACUUUACCUAAAAUAUUCUAAUCGAAUCGCGUCCUAAAUCGUAUCAAAUUUUGUUAAAUUUAAUGUUAACCAGGGUCCACUAUAUUCCUUCCACCUGAGCCAAACCUACUCAUGUAUCGAGAAACAACCUAGAGCUAAAAGUAAUUUUAAGGUAAAAUGAACCAAGAAAUUACACGAUCAAAGUAGAUUUUUGAUUGUAUAUUUACCGAUCAUAAAUUAUACCAGCUUGGCAUUUUGUGACCUAAAGUUUUAUAAGGUUUAGCGUAACAUGGCCACCGAACACUACCACUGGUGUCAAUACACAACUUAAUACACUUUUCCAUACAUUUUGUACCGUACUUAUAUCCAAUAGUGGCUAUAAUUGGCCGCGUUUGGACACUUGUCACCGACAAACAAACAGCCACAGGCAGAUGUCACCUACUGUUGUAAUCUCUUACAAAUGUGUUGUCACUCCAGAACGGCCACUAGUCACUGUUUAGCUUCUAACAUUUACAGAUUUAUUAUUAAAAUAAGGAAUGGGAAACACAUCCCUCAACUCCCUUUCAACUCACAAUUUCCUGUACCUAACUGAAACCAAACAUGUAUCAAAUAUUAUAAACGCCUUAUAAGAUGACCCAUGACUUGGCAUCCAAACCUAGGGGCACGGCAGCGCCAGCCAAGUCAAAACCCUUUUCUUAUACUUUUAAGUAAUUUAUAAAUUGUACAUUAAAAUCAUGCGAAUGCACUUAAGGAUUUGAUGUCGUAUUUAACGUAUAAUAAGUAUAUAAGUGAUAUAUACAUAUGUUUAUUGUUUAUGUAUUAUAGAGACCCUUGUAUUGUAAUGAAAUUGGUAUAUAUUUGUAUCUGGUGAUUGUGAAUCUAAAAAUCAAAAUCAUUUAUUUGAACAAGAACUAGUAGAGAUCAUUCAUUAUGUGUCAUUAGAAAACUUUAAAAAACUGUGUUGUAACUGUAAGCGCCAACCUCUGAGAUGGGGAAUGCUCCAACAUUUGACUUUUUUGUAGAAAAUCUUUACUGAAAAUUAAAAGAACACGAAAAAGAAAGAAAAAAUAAAGAACAAUGUUAAAUCUCAAAUUUAUAUUGCAGUCUUUAUGUUGUAACGUAGAAAUAUUCUGUUAGCUCGGAUUAAUGAACGGUGCAGAUUUUGAGAAAAACAAUUGUGUUGUGUUUGUUUCGAAAAAAAAUGACAGCAGAGUUACAAUCGCCAGAUCCAAAUCAAAUUGAAUGUUCAUAAAUUAUAAUCCCAUACAUAAAUACCAUACAAAUAUCAUCUAACCAUCAUGACUGAACACUCAAUCAUUUUUAUUACUCCCAUUGAAGUCCUUGUCUUUUGAAUCACGAUUCAAAACAGUGCCUUUUUAUUAUUAAAAUCGUAUUAUAAUACCUGUGCUAUUUUAUCAUAAUUUGGUAAAAAAAACCUACCUAAUUACCCCUUACUAAAUAUAUUAUUUAAUAAAUGCUUAAUUAUUACGUAAAGUUAAUAUGAAUAAUACCCGGUUGAUUUGUGAAACGACCGGGUGACCGGACUUUGUCCGGUUAAUAUGAUAAUUUUGUAAAUAAAAUGUAUUUAUUAUAUGCAUUUUGCAAAAUGUAUGAGCUUUCAAUUGUAUUAGGGCCUAGGCAGGCAGUUGGGAAGGUCAAAUUAUUUGUGGUCAACGGCUUAAACUGUAGACACAUACCUUAUUGUCUACGCAAAAGUUAAAACAUUAACGGAUAUUCAAUACAGUUGACCAAAAGUCACUAUGAAAUAUUCAAUAAGAUUCAAAUAAAAUAUACUUCGAUUUCACCUUCGAAAACUGAAACUGAUAUCCAGUUUAAGAUGUUCUCACAAAUUAAUCUAACUCUGAUUUUAUCUUAUAGUGAGAGAGAAAGCAAAAUCCAUGACUUACGUCUGUUAACUAAAUGAAAAUUGAAAUCCGAACGAGUAUUAAGUCUGGUUAUUGUAAAGAAUGCCCGAUUAAUUUUACCUUCCAACCAGCCAGAAUGUGUGUAGGCCUUUAAGAAUAUCAUUAUUGUAACAUUAUGUAGCUAGUCUUUAUUGUAAAUAAAUGAUUGACAAUAAAUUUGAUUACUUUA